AUGGCUGUACGAACAUACACAGCCAUACUUGCUGGCAUCUGCUACUUUGUCACAAUUCCGUUUCUCAUCCUCGUCCUCAUUGGCAACACCCACCAAACCUCCAUCCUCGAAGACAUCUACUUCUUCAAGCUCGACGUCUCCCACAUCAUUCCCAUUUCUGUCGAGAACUCGAACCUGCUCAAUUCCGUGGCCCGGAGCCUCGGUCUCCAUGACUUCUAUCAGGUUGGCGUGUGGAAUUAUUGUGAGGGCUACAACGAUGAAGGCGUAACGUUCUGCUCCCCGCCCAAAUCCUUCUUCUGGUUCAAUCCCGUCGAAGUCCUUGUCGGUGAACUCCUCGCCGGUGCCCGAAUCGCUCUGCCGUCCGAAGUCGUCACCAUCCUCACCCUCCUCCGCAUCGGAUCCCAGGUCAUGUACGCCUUCUUCAUGUCUGGCAUAGUUCUCAACUUCGUCCUCCUCCUCCUAACACCCCUGGUCCUCAAGACUCGCUGGUUCAGCCUCUGCACGUCCCUCAUCGGUGCUGUUGCCGGCAUUGUCCUCACCGUGGCGGCCGUCAUAGCCACCGUCAUUAGCGUGGCUGCCAAGAUUGCUCUAACGGCCCAGGACCAGCUGAAUAUCCACUGUGAUAUCGGCGGCAAGAUGUUUGUCUUCAUGUGGAUAGCCGCAUUGUUGGCAGAUUUUGCAUUCCUUUUGCAUGCCGCCAUGGGAUGCUGUUGCGCACCAGAAAAGAAAAACAGAGGACUCAACUCAGGAGCGGUAUCACCGUCCGGGUCGGGCAUGCAAGAAAAGGACGACUCCUAUUCGAUGCCCAACUUUGUCCGUCGCAGAAAGGGCAUGUCAUGA